AUGAAGGCGGUCGACCGUUACUCGUUCUGCGAGUCAGUCAAUUCUCUCAUGGCGAUAAUACGUCAAUUGAGAGAAUUGGGAGAUAACGUCAACGACCCACUUCUAGAAACGCUCAUUGAGGGCAAAUUGCCUCAAUGGGCGUUACUGGAGAUUUACAACGACAAACAACACGCAGACGAUUGGAACGUGGACCAACUGUGUGCGAAGCUACAAUUGAUGGUGAAGGUGCGCGAAAACAUCAAGUGGUCACAUCCAGUCGAACGACAAAAAUCGAUUGGUCAAGACAAGGACGUGGAAUCCAGCUCCGCGUUCACGAUCACUCAGCAGCAACAACAACGAGGACCAGGUAUCGUCCUCAACAAAUACAAUAGCUCAGGUGCAUGCCCCUUCUGUGGAGGCAAGCACUGGGCAGCUCGAUGUGAGCAAUACAAUUCGGCGGAAAGCCGUACAAACAACGCAAAGCAACAGAAGCUUUGCCUACGGUGCCUGAAAAAGGACCAUAUAGCGAAAGACUGCUGGAGCAAGAUCCCGUGCUAUUAUUGCGGGAAGGCGAAUCACCAUCAGGCCUUCUGCUACGAAGCCGCGAAAACAAGUCGAUCGAGCCAUCAGCAUGCAAGCGGUGGCAGUCGAGGUGCACGACAAUCGAGACGACAACCGACAAUGGCAACCGCUGUCAGCAACAACAAUAAUAUAUCAAGUAUGCAGUUAAAUCGAGUUAACACUGCACUUUUUGGGCAACGAGAUUCUGGCGAAGACAAUUUCGCUAAGAAUCAAAUACUACUGCCGACGACGUAUGCCGACGUCAUCAAUCCAAACAAUCCUGACCAAAGAUACAAGGCAGUGGUACUGUUCGACAGCGGUAGUGACAGCACAUAUGUCACUAAAGAACUGGUACAGCAGCUCAACCUGCCAAUUAUCGGCAGAAGACCAGUUACAAUUAGCGGAUUUGGAGAAACUACAACCCAACUCGCGCAAACCGAUAUCGUCGAAGUUCAAGUGGCUCGAAACGACGGGCCAACUACAAUUCGUGCGUUAGUUGUUCCAAAACUUACGCAUAAAAUACUUACUGUGGAGUUACCCGCAAAAUUACUCACACAGAGAAGUAUUCUUUCGCUCGAAACGCAAGCAGCUCCAGUAUCGGUUCUCAUUGGUGUGGAUCAAAUGGAUCGAAUCUUGGAUUUAGCAUCCGCUACAAAACUACCAUCUGGUUUUACUCUCUUCCAAUCCCGUCUGGGAAUGAUAUUGAGUGGUAAAGGAAAAACCGAUCCAUACGACAACCCAUCGGCCGACUCUCUCACUGUGACGACGUCAAUAUCAGAAGAUCCGGUGGAGAGAUUUUGGAAACUGGAGCUAAUCGGCAUAAUGGAGAAUCCAGCAAUUACGGACGACGAAGUGGCGAUUCAAAGGCCAAUCGAUCUAAUCACUCCUGCAACAAACAUGUCACCUUCCCCAGGAUUCCGAGAUAGCAAUUCCGAAUCUGAUGAAGAAUAUAUGGAAUCAGCUAAUAAUCGAGACAUACUGGUUAGAUCUUGGACGCACUCUAAACGAUUCAUCGAACGUUUUUGGAAUGCUUGGGAGACUGAUUACUUAUUAAGUCUUCGAGAACGUACUCAAAGAAACCACAAGUCGGGAAAAAUAAUCACUCAUAGGUUGCCCCAGUUGGGGGAAGUAGUAAUCAUGCAUGAUGAAUCAAAGCCUCGCCCGCUCUGGAAAUUGGGCGUUAUCGACAAACUCAUCACGGGAACAGAUGGAAAUAUUCGAUCCGCGGAACUCAACUGUGGAACCAACAAUAAAAACCUAUCACGCCCAGUGAAUCUACUCUACCCACUGGAAAUCCAUAACGAUGACGCAGCUUUCGCACGAACACAACGUGACAAGACGCAGGCGACAAACGGUGAAAAUAGAACACCGAAAGGCAACGAAGAGAGGAAAAACUCAAAUAACCAGUAUCAAGGACCAAUAACACGAUCCAGAACGCGAGCGCUCGAAACCAGUACGACGUUGACAUCAUGUCUCUUACUAUUAGCCAUCAUUACGCAAUUUGGUGAAGCAACGAAAUGUGGGAACCCAAAAGGAGGCGUUCCAGUACGCUUCCCCGCUUACCGAAACUGUAGUGUGAUGGAACGAGGUGGUGGAAGUGUGUGGACGGAAGCAACGAUCUACACUCGAACGUAUGUCACCACUCCAGCCUACUCAUGUACGAACCACUCAAGAACGGUAUGUACUAACUCGUUUUUCCACCUUACCUUAUCCGUGACAUCGGACUAUACAAAUGUUUCUGGCAUUUCACCUCAAUUAUGUACGGAAAUAAUCCGCACAAAGAAAAUUGAUGGAAAUCAAAUGGUCUUACGAUCAAACAACCGAUGGGAAACCGACGUACCAGAAGAUUACUCCUUCGGCUGGAUCGGAACGAGAUGUCAAACGACGUCUAAUUACGUCUUACAAUAUGGCUCGGUUGCUAUCUAUGCCGAUGAUCGGCUCUUCGAAACCAACCGAAGUGUGUCAGCCGAAUGCAAAGCCAAAGAUGGUGUCUGUAUCACUGAUCAUACGCUAAUUUGGAACGUUACGAAUGCUAACGAACAAUGUCACUACAAACUGUUGGGGACCUACACAGUGUACGCUACUCCACAUUUUGUUAGCGUGAAAGGUUUGGAAGCCUCUUUCGGAUUUAAACAUUAUGUUCCUGCCUUACCUAAAUGCGAUAUACAACAAGUAUACUUACUGGAAAACGAUUUCGCAAUGGUAUUCGAGGACAAAAGUAUACGCGGAUCAUUCUCAAAAUGGAUGGCAUCUAACCCUAGAUGGGUAAGCAUAAUGAAUCGAGAACACGAAAAAGACAUUGCGGCUAGUUUCUCACCUUAUAUGAAUAAGACUAUUUUCUCAGACGAUAAGAACUCAAUACUUGGAUAUUUCUGGGAAAAGUCAAAAUCACGCUAUGACCCAAUAAACGUCAAGCUACAGUUCGUCUACAACCUUCUUCGAAGACAAAUCAAUCAGCAUUUCCCGAGAAUGGAACAAUCAAUAUGUGAGUCAAAUAAUGCCGUCAAUCUCAUAGCAAGAACUAGCCCACCUACAAUAGCAGCUAGGAUCUUGUUACAACGAACAGAUGUCGAAGCAAUUCGACUAUCAGAAGAUGCGUUACUGGUAUCGACGUGUGACAGCAAUAUCACGACCGAUUCCAAUUCGUCAUCAUCCGAUCAAACGAUAGACGAGUUUACGUUCAAGGCUAGUCCAUUGCCUAACUUGGAAAGGCAACGUAUUGAUCAAGCUCUCUCGCUCUUACAUUCAGAAAUGCAGCAAGUUAGCGCCGACGUCGGUUCAGAUACACCGACGGACGGUACAUUCGACAGUUUGAGGAAUGAGGGCGAAAAAAUCUUAUGGAUGGCUGAAGAUCGAGUCACCAAAACAGCCGAGGAAAUACAAGCUGUUCUCAAUACGAUCAGCAACCGAUACGUAAUCAUCGCGAUCAUCAUCGGAGUUACCCUGUUGGGAAUCGCAGCGCUUUUGCUGUACUUAAAGUUCACUGGAUGCCUCGGCUCGAGUAACAACGUCCGAAUCCAAUUCCCAUCCACCUCCGACAACGAACGCGUCACUGCCACAGGCAUCGAACUCAAGGAAAUGGUACGAAGCCAAGAACCAACAAAUGCAACAAUGGCGGAACAACGCCCAAUGAUAACAAAUGCAACGCCUGGGAUCCAACUCCAAAGGCCUGCAUCAAUAUUUUCACCCUUAAUAAGUCCACUAUGA